AAACACUAAAGACGGGAGUAGAUGGGCUGCUAAAUUUAAUUUAUCAUCAAUUAAACCAGCUUUUCUGCAUGUGCGCUCUUAAUUGGCAGCUUGUGGAGUGCGCGUUAAAACGCACGUGCACGAGGCAGCAGUUCCUGUGCUCUCGCGUGCAGAGCCGACGUUCCUCUGACUGCAGGUGUCCCACGGAGUGCAGGGGAGCCACGAGGGAAUUAUUGGCCGCCAUAUCGAUAGCUUCAGAUACCAUAUGAUGGAUCGAUGGAGCCCUGUGCGCGAGACAUGGCUGCUAUUGCUGCUAAUCACUGUGUUUUACACCUCUUGGGCAGCCGAUCAUAUUGAUGUCCUGAAGGUCCUGGAGCUGUCAGAGGACAUGGAGGGUGUAUCAUUGGAGGCUGGACUGUGCACCAGCAGGGAGGGACAAGAGGAGACAGACCUCUCCUUUAAGAUCGACAAGAAGAUUCAACUGAGCGCGCCCACCAAGCAACUCUUCCCUAAUUCGCCAUUCCCUAUGAAUUUCUCUGUGAUGACAACAGUUAGAGCUGUGAAAGCCUCACAGGUCUUUCUCCUUUCACUGUAUGACUCGCAGGGCACACAGCAACUUGGUGUGGAAGUUGGCCGCUCUCCUGUCUUCCUUUACGAGGACCACGAGGGUCAGCCACCUCCAGAACUUUACCCUACUUUUAGAAAGAUCAACCUGGCUGAUGGAAAGUGGCACAGAGUAGCCUACAGUGUGGAGGGCCAGGCAGUGACUCUCUACCUGGACUGUGUCAAACUGGACACCCUGGACCUGCUCCGAGGUCAUGAACCCCACGUUAGCACUGAGGGGGUAACUGUGUUUGGCACACGACUGCUUGAUGAAGACGUGUUUGAGGGAGACAUCCAGCAGCUGCUGAUUGUCGAUGACCCCAGAGCAGCAAAGACAUACUGUCAGGAUUACAUCCCAGACUGUGAUGCACCUUUGCCCUACAACAGCAUAUUAACAGAGGCUGAGGAGGUGGAGAGAACACCUAAGAAACAUGUGGUUGAGGAAUUUGAGGAGUUUGACUACAGUGACCUCUAUGACGACAUCUCUGUGUCCACAGUCAACGUACAGCCCAAUGUCACUGAGUAUGAGAUCAUAGAGUAUGAAGACUAUGACAACACAACAGAUUACUUCCAUGUGAAUGAGUAUGAAUAUGAGGAAGAAUUUGAUGAGCGACCCGCUGAGAGAGAACGGGCAUACUCCUUUAACACACAGGAUAUACCGGAAAAAGGACAGAAAGGAGAGCCGAGCUUUUUGGGAGUGGGAACGCAGAUUACAGGACCAUACGGGCCUCCAGGACCUGAGGGAGAGCCAGGGUCUCCUGGAGUCAGAGGACUAGUAGGACCACGAGGAGACCCCGGGGAGCUGGGCCCUCCAGGGCGGCCAGGCCUUAACGGAGCUGAUGGGAUACCAGGUCCCCCUGGAAACAUCAUGCUCAUACCGUUCCAGUCGGGUAGUAAUCAGAAGACAGGUACUGGGGUUUCUGCACAGGAGGCGCAGGCUCAGGCCAUCCUGCAGCAGACCAAGCUGGCUAUGAAGGGACCUCCAGGGCCACUCGGUCUCAGGGGAAGACCUGGAACACUGGGUGCACCAGGUCCAUCUGGGCUAAAGGGGACCACUGGAGACAUGGGGCCACCUGGUCCUCCAGGACUGCCAGGUAUCCCGGGCCAGAACGGACGACUUGGAAAAACGGGUCAAGCGGGUACAGAUGGGGGCCGUGGUUCAAUAGGCGAGGCUGGAGCAAAGGGGGAUAGAGGAUUUGAAGGCUUGCCAGGUCUCCCUGGAAACAAAGGACACAAGGGGGACAGGGGUAAGCCGGGCCCUACAGGUCCUGCUGGAGAGCCAGGAGAAAAGGGCUCUGAAGGGCCAGCUGGGCCAAGAGGACAACCAGGUGAUGCUGGUCCCAGAGGUCUGAAUGGCCCCAGAGGUCGUCCUGGUCCCCCAGGUCAGACUGGCAUUCGAGGAAUUGACGGGGUUCAAGGUUCAAAGGGAAACAUAGGAUCCCCAGGAGAAAUCGGAGCACCCGGACAGCAAGGCAACCCUGGAAUCCUGGGUUUUCCUGGUGCUCAGGGGUUAGUAGGGCUGCCAGGAGAGAAGGGGCCUCAAGGGAAGAAAGGGAUGCAGGGCUUACCUGGAAACGACGGGCCCCCAGGUCACCCUGGAAGAGAAGGUACUCCAGGUGAAAAAGGACUGCCGGGUCCUCUAGGUGUGCAGGGGCCUGUUGGAUACCCUGGACAACGAGGAGUUAAGGGAGCAGAUGGAAUCAGAGGAUUAAAGGGAAGCAAAGGCGAAAAGGGAGAGGAUGGUUUCCCUGGGGCAAAAGGGGAAAUGGGAGCAAAGGGGGACGUUGGAGACAACGGACUUCCAGGUGGACGAGGAGAAGAUGGGCCUGAGGGGCCCAAAGGCCAGUUGGGUCCUCAAGGAGAGGCUGGCCUUCUUGGUAUUUCUGGAGAGAAGGGGAAACUGGGAGUUCCUGGUCUGCCAGGAUAUACUGGGCGCCAGGGACCGAAGGGUUCUGAAGGAUUUCCUGGUGCACUGGGAGCUGCAGGAGAGAAAGGGAAAAAAGGACCUGUCGGACAACCAGGAGGCGCAGGCCAGAGGGGUCCAAAUGGUGCACGAGGUGCCAGAGGGGCAAAAGGGCCUACGGGAAAAUCAGGAGAAAAGGGUGCCUCUGGACAUGAUGGCGUCCCAGGAUCUCCUGGAGAGAGGGGACCUCAAGGGCCGCAGGGAAGGAAUGGAGAGCCAGGACCUAAGGGAGCAAGUGGUCCUUCUGGAAAGGAUGGACUUCCAGGUCACCCAGGUCAAAGAGGAGAGCCGGGAUUCCAAGGGAAGACGGGACCUCCAGGACCCUCAGGUGUUGUGGGGCCACAGGGCAAAUCAGGUGAACCUGGUCCAACAGGGGACCGUGGUCACCCAGGGGCCCCAGGUGUACCUGGAGAGCAUGGUUUGCCUGGGACUGCUGGGAAGGAAGGUGGAAAGGGUGAUCCAGGUUUCCAUGGGACACCUGGGAAGAGUGGUCCCACAGGACUGAAAGGGUUCAGAGGGAGCAGAGGAGCCCCUGGAAUUAUGGGACCUCCUGGUCUGAAAGGAGGAUCAGGACCUAUUGGAUCCCAAGGAGCCAUAGGGGCGACAGGUGAGAGGGGCCCUCCAGGACCAGCAGGUGCCAUUGGACAGCCUGGUCGGGCCGGAUCAAUCGGAGGACCUGGACCAAUGGGAGAGAAGGGCGAGCCAGGAGAGAAGGGACCAAUUGGACCAGCAGGUCAGGAUGGAGAUCAGGGACAUGUAGGGAUGCCUGGGGUUACGGGCCCUGCAGGACCUUCAGGAGACGAUGGGGAUAAGGGAGAGCAAGGAGAACCAGGGCAGAAAGGCAGCAAAGGAGACAAAGGGGAAUCAGGCCCCGCAGGCCCCACUGGUACUCAAGGGGUAAUUGGUCAGCCAGGACUUCCGGGUCUAGAUGGACUACUGGGUCCCCGGGGCCAGCAGGGCAUGUACGGUCCGAAAGGAGAUGAGGGUCUCCGUGGCUUUAAGGGCCUUAAAGGACCAAUAGGAUUACAGGGCAUGCCCGGUCUACCAGGAGAGAAGGGUGAGAGUGGCCAUGUGGGACUAAUGGGUCCACCUGGUCAACAAGGCCCUAAUGGUCCUCAAGGACCUGUUGGGGGACAGGGUCCGACUGGUCGACCCGGGAUGGUAGGACAACCAGGUAUUGUUGGAGAGAAGGGGGAGGAUGGCGAAGCAGGUGACCCUGGUUCAGUUGGUGUUCCAGGAAGGCUAGGAGGAAAAGGAGACCAGGGGGAGAAGGGAGAUACGGGCCCUUCAGGAGCAGCUGGUCCCCCAGGAGCCAGGGGCACCGCAGGAGAGGAUGGAGCCAAGGGCAAUGCUGUGAGAAACAAUCAUUCUAAUAAACUCUUAAAUACUGUACCGUUGGUACAGGUGCUGGUCAUAUAA